CCCUGUUUUUGUCCUCUGUUUAUACGUGUUUUGAUGCUGACAACUACUCUAUUAUCCUCUUCUUUCAUGCUACUUUUCAAACUUUCUACAAGACUGGCCCCUACGUGACCUUACUUUCUGCCUCCCUUGUCCCUUUCCUUUCUUUCUCCUUCUUUUCUCUCCUCACUUGAGUUUGAUCCUUUGUUGUGUUCGUUCCAUUUCUUUGCAAGUCUUUUCCCUUGAUGAUCUGUUUUUUUUUUUAAAGGAAGAAAACUAAAAAAAACUUUGAUUAUAUUUGUUGUUGGGAGCGAGCUGGUAUCAUCCAUGGAGGCGUCUAAGUGAUUAUCCUGAACCUUUCAUUCGUUUCUUUCUUUGCUAGCUGGAUUCCAUACAGAGCUAAAGGCCUUCUCCAUUUCAUUGAGCAAUCAGUACCAGUGCUUUUCGCACAUGUUUUCUCAAGUUAAGCUUAGUUUAAUUAUAUUUGUUGUUGGAAGCGAGCUGGUAUCAUCCAUGGAGACGUCUAAGUGAUUAUCCGAACCUUUCUUUCUUAGCUGGAUUCCAUACAGAGCUAAAGGCCUUCUUCUUUUGUUCCUCCCGCUAUUUCAUUGAGCUCUCAGUUCCAGUGCUUUCAGCGCAUAUUUUCCCAAAUUAAGACCUGUGGAAAAUGGCUCUCGAAAGUGCUGGUGGAUCCAUUAUAGCUAUGCUAGCAGAACUCAUGGUGGAACCAGUAGGAAGGCAGUUCCGUUACAUGUUCUGUUUCAACAAUUUUGUUGAAGAAUUCAAUGAACGAAAGCAGAACCUGGUUUCGGCAAAAGAACGUCUGCAAAAAGGUGUCGAAGCUGCUGAAAGGAAUGCUGAAGAAACUUACAAAGAUGUCAAAAGUUGGCUGGAAGAUGCAAACAACGAAAUUGAAGGUGCAAAGCCCUUGGAAGAUGAAAUAGGAAAAAAUGGCAAAUGCUUUACUUGGUGCCCAAACUGCAUGCGACAAUUCAAGUUAAGCAAGGCACUGGCCAAGAAGUCGAAGACUUUCAGAAAACUUGGAGAAACUAGCGAAAAGUUUAAAACAGUGGCCCAAAAAGCUCCUCCUCAGCCCAUAGAAUUUCUAACAUCAAAGGAAUUCACGCCCUCAGAAUUGUCAAAAGAAGCUUUGGAACAGAUCAUGAAAGCUCUCAAAGAUGACAACGUCAAUACGAUCGGACUGUACGGCAUGGGAGGGGUGGGUAAAACAACCCUGGUGAAAGAAGUAGGCAGGAGAGCCACAGAGUCGCAGCUUUUUCCUGAAGUUUUAAUGGCUACGGUGUCCCAGAAUCCAAAUGUCAUAGGCAUCCAGGAUCGAAUGGCAGAUAGUUUACAUCUGAAAUUUGAAAAAACGGGUAAAGAAGGUAGAGCAAGUGAAUUAUGGCAGAGACUGCAGGGAAAGAAGAUGCUUAUAAUCCUGGAUGAUGUUUGGAAACAUAUUGACUUGAAAGAGAUAGGGAUCCCAUUUGGUGAUGAUCACAGGGGUUGUAAAAUUCUUCUAACAACACGUGUUCAAGGCAUAUGUUUUUCUAUGGAGUGCCAGCAAAAAGUGUUUUUAAGAGUCUUACCUGAAGAUGAAGCAUGGGAUUUAUUCAGAAUCAAUGCAGGUUUACGUGAUGGGGACUCUACCUUGAACACAGUGGCAAGGGAGGUUGCGAGAGAAUGCCAAGGCUUGCCUAUAGCACUUGUGACAGUGGGAAGGGCUCUAAGAGGUAAAUCACGAGUUCAGUGGGAAGUAGCGUCUAAACAGCUCAAAGAAUCUCAAUUUGUGCGCAUGGAACAAAUUGAUGAACAAAAUAAUGCUUACACAUGUCUUAAGUUGAGCUAUGAUUAUUUGAAGUACGAGGAAACCAAGUCAUGUUUCGUGCUAUGUUGUUUAUUUCCAGAAGAUUAUGACAUUCCAAUCGAGGACUUGACGAGAUAUGCAGUUGGCUAUGGGUUACAUCAAGAUGCGGAGCCCAUUGAGGAUGCAAGGAAACGAGUUUCUGUGGCCAUCGAAAACCUCAAAGAUUGUUGCAUGCUGUUGGGCACUGAAACUGAAGAACAUGUGAGAAUGCAUGACUUGGUUCGUGACUUUGCUAUUCAGAUAGCAUCAUCAGAAGAAUAUGGAUUCAUGGUAAAGGCUGGCAUUGGGUUGAAGAAGUGGCCAAUGAGCAAUACAAGCUUUGAAGGUUGUAAAACAAUUUCGUUAAUGGGCAAUAAACUAGCAGAACUUCCUGAAAGAUUGGGAUGUCCACAGCUGAAAGUUCUAUUAUUAGAAGUGGAUGAUGGUAUGAAUGUUCCAGAGAGGUUCUUUGAAGGGAUGAAAGAAAUUGAAGUUUUGUCUCUGAAGGGAGGUUGUUUGUCAUUGCAAUCACUCGAACUCUCAACGAAACUUCAAUCCUUGGUGUUGAUGGAGUGUGGAUGCAAGGACCUCAUUUGGUUGAGAAAGAUGCAGAGACUUAAGAUUCUUGGUUUUAUACAUUGCUUAUCCAUUGAAGAAUUACCUGAUGAAAUAGGAGAGCUCAAGGAGUUAAGGUUGUUGGAUGUGAGAGGUUGUCAAAGGCUAAGAAGGAUCCCUGUGAAUUUGAUUGGAAGGUUGAAGAAGUUAGAAGAGCUGUUGAUCGGGGAUGACAGCUUUGAGGGAUGGGAUGUUGUUGGAUGUGACAGCACAGGAGGAAUGAAUGCAAGCCUAACAGAACUAAAUUCGUUGUCUCAGUUAGCCGUAUUAUCAUUGAGGAUACCGAAGGUUGAAUGCAUUCCCAGAGAUUUUGUUUUUCCCAGCUUGCUCAAAUAUCAUAUAAUAUUAGGGAAUGGGUUUGUGGCAGGAGGAUACCCAACCUCGACAAGAUUAAUUUUGGCUGGUACAUCCUUCAAUGCGAAGACAUUUGAGCAAUUGUUUUUACAUAAAUUAGAAUUUGUAAAAGUGAGGGAUUGUGAGGAUGUUUUCACUCUGUUUCCAGCAAAAUUGCGGCAAGGUUUAAAAAAUCUAAAGGAGGUGAUUGUUCACAGCUGUAAAUCAUUGGAAGAGGUAUUUGAAUUGGGUGAGGCUGAUGAAGGAAGCAGUGAGGAGAAGGAGAUGCUGCUGCUGUCAUCUUUAACAACGUUACAGCUGCAAGGAUUACCUGAGCUCAAAUGCAUAUGGAAGGGGCCCACCAGAAAUGUCAGCCUCGAAAAUCUUGUUCAUCUGAAAGUUUCGGAUCUCAAAAAACUGACAUUUAUCUUCACACUGUUCCUCGCUCGAAACCUGUCAAAGCUGAAAACCCUUUCGAUAAAUAAUUGUGAUGAAUUGAAGCAUAUUAUCAGAGAAGAGGAUGAUGAAAGGGAAAUAAUUCCAGAGUCUCCUUGCUUCCCACAAUUAAAAAAUAUCAACAUAUCUUUCUGUGAUAAACUGGAAUGUUUCUCUUUGUCUCAUAACAGAGAUGGCAUCAUCAAGUUCCCUCAACCAAGAAGACUGUCUCUUGAGCUCAGAUCUAAUUACAGCUUUUUAGGUCCAAGGAAUUUUGAUGCUCAAUUGCCUUUGCAAAAAUUAACCAUUGAAGGCCACGAAGAAGUGGGUAAUUGGUUGGCACAGCUACAACAAAACGGCUUCGUACAAAGAUUAGAACUUGUACAAGUGGACGAUUGUGGGGAUGUUCUCACUCCGUUUCCAGCAAAAUUGCUACGAGCUUUGAAAAAUCUAAGGAGGGUGAACAUUUCCAACUGCAAAUCAUUGGAAGAGGUAUUUGAAUUAGGUGAGGCUGAUGAAGGAAGCAGUGAGGAGAAGGAGCUGCUGUCAUCUUUAAAAGAGUUACAUCUAAAAUGGUUACCUGAGCUCAAAUAUAUAUGGAAAGGGCCCACCAGACAUGUCAGCCUUGAAAAUCUUGCUCGUCUGGAGUUGGGGUAUCUAGACAAAAUGACAUUUAUCUUCACACCGUUUCUCGCUCAAAGUUUGUCAAGGCUAGAAAGACUUUACAUAAAUAAAUGCAGUGAAUUGAAGCAUAUUAUCAGAGAAGAGGAUGGUGAAAGGGAAAUAAUUACAGAGUCUUCCGGCUUCCCAAAAUUAAAAAAAAUCUUCAUAGAAGACUGUGGUAAACUGGAAUAUGUCCUCCCUGUCCCUGUCCCUGUCCCUGUGUCUCCAAGCCUUCUGAACCUGGAAGAGAUGCGGAUUUUUAAAGCUCAUAAUUUAAAGCAAAUAUUUUACAGCGGAGAAGGAGAUGCACCCACCACAGAUGGCAUCAUCAAGUUCCCUCGACUAAGACAAUUGGAUCUUUCUUCCAGAUCAAAUUACAGCUUUUUUGGUCCAACGAAUUUUGCUGCCCAAUUGCCUUCUUUGCAAAUUCUAGAAAUUGAUGGCCACAAAGAAUUGGGAAAUUUGUUUGCACAGCUCCAAGGGUUGACAAAUUUAGAAAAACUACGCUUGGAAUCCCUGCCUGACAUGAGGUGUAUAUGGAAGGGUCUCGUGCUAAGCAAAUUAACUACUUUGGAGAUGGCCGCCCAUGGGGAGCAAAAUGGCUCCUUACAAAGAUUAGAAUGUGUACCAGUGAACGAAUGUGGGGAUGUUACAGCAAAAUUGCUGCGUGCUUUGAAAACUCUAAAGAGUGUGGAUAUUGAGAGCUGCAAAUCAUUGGAGGAGGUAUUUGAAUUGGGUGAGGCCGAUGAAGGAAGCAGUGAGGAGAAGGAGCUGCCGCUUCUGUCAUCUUUAACAGAGUUACAUCUGUCCUUUUUACCUGAGCUCAAAUGUAUAUGGAAGGGGCCAGCCAGGCAUGUCAGCCUUCAAAGUCUUGCUCAUUUGGAGUUAGGGUAUCUUGAGAAAUUGACAUUUAUCUUUACACUGUCCCUCGCUCAAAGUCUGCUAAAACUAGAAAAACUUGAGAUAGAAAAAUGCGGUGAAUUGAAGCAUAUUAUCAGAGAAGAGGAUGCCGAUAGGGAUAUAGUUCUAGAGUCUCCUCGCUUCCCAAAAUUAAAAACUCUCAUUGUAUCUGGAUGUGGUAAACUGGAAUAUGUCUUCCCUGUAUCUGUAUCUGUGUCUCCAAGCCUUCCGAACCUGGAAAAGAUGACGAUUUCUGAUGCUGACAAUUUAAAGCAAAUGUUUUAUAGUGGAGAAGGAGAUACACUCACCACAGAUGGCAUCAUCAAGUUCCCUCGACUAAGUGAAUUGAAUCUUUCUUCCAGAUCAAAUUACAGCUUUUUUGGUCCAAAGAAUUUUGCUGCACAAUUGCCUUCUUUGAAAAGUCUAACCAUCUAUGGCCACAAAGAAUUGGAAAAUUUCUUUGCACAGAUCCAGGGGUUGACAAAUUUGGAAACAUUUCGCUUGUCCUCCCUGCCUGACAUGAGGUGUAUAUGGAAGGGUCUAGUGCUGAGCAAAUUGACUACUUUGGAGGUGUUUAAGUGUAAGAGACUGACACAUGUAUUCACAUGCAGCAUGAUUGUCAGUCUAGUUCAACUGAAAGUUCUACGUAUAUUGUUCUGUGAGGAAUUGGAGCAAAUCAUUGCUAGGGAUAAUGAUGAUGAAAAGGAUCAGAUAUUGCCAGGAGAUCAUCUUAAAUCUUUACGCUUCCCCAAUUUGUGUGAAAUUGAGAUUAGAGAAUGCAACAAGUUGAAGAGUCUCUUCCCAGUAGCCAUGGCUUCAGGUCUCCCAAAUCUCCAAAUACUGAGGGUAACAAAAGCCUCUCAAUUAUUGAGAGUAUUUGGGCAGGAUGAUCAUGCUUCACCUGUCAACGUUGAGAAGGAGAUGGUGCUUCCUAAUCUAAAGAAGUUGUCGCUAGAACAAUUAUCAAGUAUUGUCUAUUUUAGUUUCGGAUGUUGUGAUUUCUUAUUCCCUCGUUUGGAGAAUUUGAAGGUCUAUCAAUGUCCAAAGCUGACCACAAAAUUUGCUACUACACCAGAUGGUUCAAUGAGUGCUCGAUCAGAGGUAUCCGAAGUAGCUGAAGAUUCAUGCAUUAAUAGAGAGUGGAGCAGAGAUAACGGGUGGAAAGAAGAUUGAUAUUAACUGUAUAUGCCUCGUAUUAUAUUCUAAAUUAAAACAUUUAUUAUUCUUACCGUAACAAAUUUUAUUGUGCAGCAAGACUCAAGUUAUUAUGCAUUAAACUAUUCUCAUAUAAUGCAAUCCUUUCCUUGGUGUAGAAAAGUUUAAUAUGGUCCUUGAAGUUUUUGUUAUAUGGAACACAAGGGACUUGAACAAAUUUUGUCCGUGUUCGAGCAAAGCAGAAUUGCAGAAUCUAAGUUCACUGGUGUUGGAUACAUGGUCAUCUUGUCUAUGAUAAAUUAUAGUCAUUAUCGUACAAGCCUCCAAAAAAACAAUGAUGCUUGCCCAUUAUCGUACAAGCCUCCAGAAGUAAGGGAGUAUGUUUGCUUGCCCAUUUGUGUUUCUUUUGGUUUAAUGUGUGGACUUUCAUGCGCUCUCCUUGAUGCUGAACUCUUUGUUUGAUGUUCUGUUUCUAAUGCAUAAUGCAUUAUUAAAAUUGUUAUUUUAUGAGCAUUUGAAUAUGUUUGGGCAUUCAAAUCUCAAGAUGACUGAGACUUGAUGCUGAACUCUUUGUUCAAAAGUUUGAUACUGAUAUCAUGUUUUCCUAGCAGAACAAUCUCUUGUUGAAUGGUUUUUUCGAGCAGAUUCCCUUUGAAGAUGGUUUUUUCAUGCUGGCUAUUGCUAGAGAUUCUAAAUAUUCCUCUGAUUUCGAAUUGAGUAUUUUCUGCAUCA